AUGGAAGCAGUAGAACAGCUGAAUGAGUUAGUGUCACCCAGGAUAGAAUGCAGAAGGCGAAUCCGGAAGGCAAUGCCGUGCCAACAUUACUUGUGGCUUCUGAGUGCUAUAGCUCUCUUCUGUCAACAGCUUUUCCCUCUCUCCAAGAGGAAGAAGCCAGGGCUGGCUGAUGGCAACAAUCCUGAUGGCAAUCUCCUCCGGGAACACUGGAUGGUUAAUCGCAUGUUCAUCUUUGAAAAUGUGGACUUCCCCAAGUGUACGGGCAACAUCAAAGUCGUGGGCUGCAUGUACUAUGAAACUGGACCAAAUGGUUGGCAUUGCCUAGAUGACAAGAUGUUUGUUGCCUAG